UAUAAUGUAUUUCUUUUCUCUGCAGAGUUUGGUCUGCUUGCUUCUGGUCUCUCAGUUCUUUAACCAGAUUUUUGAGACCUUUCUUCCAUACUGGAUGCAGAAGAGAACUAACAGACAAGUGGCUGACAAAGCCAAACCACUGAAUGCAGCCUCUAAGUACACUUUGUUGGAGCAGAUUCACCUAGAAAAGGACAUGUACACUUAUUUGGGAACAUUUGAUGACUACUUGGAGUUAUUCUUGCUGUUUGGUUACGUCAGCCUCUUCUCAUGUAUCUUUCCUGCAGCAGCCAUAUUCGUUUGUCGCGAACAAUGUUUUUGAAGUGUACACGGAUGCAAUAAAAAUAUGCCGUGUCUUUAAACGUCCAUUUUCAGAACCUUCUUCCAGC